ACCUAGAGUUUGAAAGUGCCGAGACUCUUCUCAAUUCAGAAGUACACAUGCUGCUUGAGCAUCGCAAGCAGCAGAAUGAGAGUGCAGAGGAUGAGCAGGAGCUCUCAGAAGUCUUCAUGAAAACUUUGAACUACACGGCUCGUUUCAGCCGCUUCAAAAACCGGGAGACUAUUGCCAGUGUCCGCAGUUUAUUGCUCCAGAAGAAGCUCCAUAAAUUUGAAUUGGCAUGCUUAGCUAAUCUUUGUCCUGAGACAGCUGAGGAGGCCAAGGCUCUGAUUCCCAGCCUAGAGGGCCGGUUUGAGGAUGAGGAGUUACAGCAGAUUCUUGAUGAUAUUCAGACCAAACGAAGCUUCCAAUAUUAGGGUUAACACCCAGCCCCUCUUAUGAACAGAGAAAAACUCAAGUACUUUUUGCACUCCAGACCAAAUCAGCCGCUCCCAGACCUGAGCUAAGGAAGUGCCAGGAGCAGAGUACUCCAGCCUGGUGUCCACCACAGAUGCAUUCAAAUGGGAGGCCAGUUAGUCCAUAAAAGAGACUCUUUUAUGGUGAGAGCCAUUGGAUCCUAGAAAGUCUUGUCUGAGUGGUGUCAGUGCUUUGCUUUUCCUAACAGCCUGUCCCUGACUUGUGAAUCUUUACAGUGUUUUUGGUUUCUAGAAUAAGUGCAGCUGUACAAUUUUUUCCUUGUGCACACCUGUUCCCUAAGAUAGAGAAACUAUUCCUACUGGUUGUUGGCAAUCAUAAUGAUGCAUGGAAUCAGGACUGAUGAGACUGUGUGGUGGUUUCUAUGUAUAUGUUUGAUCAAGAUAGUGGGAUUUUCCCCCUUUAAGAAUACUUUUGCAUAGCUUUUUAGUUUUAAUUAAAAGGCGCUAUUUAUAAUUAUGA